CCUCGACAGCUGCACCCCAUCAGCUGCUUCGUAGCAUCAUUGUCGUCUGGACGCACCCCUUGAAGAACCUACGCCACUUUUUGAAGCACUCUUGUCAUAUCUUGACGGUUUCCAGUCACGUCUUGGCACAUUCCUCUAUCGCGCUCGCGCCUUCAUCAUGUUGGAGCUUGAGCAUGAGCUUGCGAGGCUCCGUGCGCAACUGGAUGAAGCGAACGAACGAGCGAACCGAGAACGCGAACGAACGAGCGAACCAAGCAGAAGCAAAGGAUCAACCUACGACCUUUCUCGAGUACCUACACCACUUACAGACCAUGGUGACUCCGAGCUUGAUCAUCAAGAACAAGACCACGGCGCAGUCCAGCGGAGCCGCCACAAAAGUCCACGGCAAAGUCUACCCCCGAGCCCUACGCCGAUGGGACGACUUUCCUAGCCUUUGCGAUAAGCAAUUUGCCGCCUUCGUCGAGACAUUUGGAGAGGAGCUGCUAUUCCCGUCCUGGUACUCGGUAAAGGGGGCCGAGAGCAACCUCUCGUCGGAUUCAAGAAAGGACGAGCAGGACAUCCCGUCAUCCGCGCCUACGCCGAAAAACCUGCGAUGCGAAUUAUUAACAAACGAUAUCCAAAGGACAGCCCUGGUAGGCGAGUACAAGGCGGCCCACAAGGCCCCGGCGCGGAGCUUCGGCCAGGUCCUCGGCAACGACCCUUUUCCCGAGACGCUCUUUGAGGAUUGCGCUCGGUCCUCCGAAGCCGCCGAAUCCGAAGCCGAAGGCCAAACCGAGCCCGGCGCCGAGCGCAGAGCUGCCUCCGGUCCCCCUCAACAUAGCAUACUCGUGGCCAAGGUUCUGUGCCAGGCGUAUCACUACAUGAUCAUCAGCGGUCUGGAGUAUGGAUACGUCGCAUCGAGGGACUGCAUCAAAUCUUUCUAA